GUAAACAAGAUGGCGACAGCCUGACAGCAGCUGAAAUUUUUUCACCGACCCUGACAAAAAUAACAAAAACAAAAACUUAAUGUGGUGAGAUCGCGAGUGCACUAUGCGGCGGAUGUUGGGACACCGAGAUUAUCAUCUGGCAACUUUUUGUUAACCUUAUUUGCGAUGAAGGCGGAGGACUUGUAAACCCUCCGGACGGGUCAGCUAUAACAUUCACCGGUGGCCUGGGCCUUCUGCCAACCCCCCCCCCCCCAACCCCGACCCGGACCAGAGAGGAGAUCAUCUGCGUACCCAACCGGGAGGCAGGACACACACAGCUCUUCGUCUCCUCCCUUCUGAGGACACACGCAGCUUUUUCCUUUUCUUCGUCCCCACACUGCAGCACAUGGAUGUCCGGGACAGGCAUGUGUACAAAGGGGCAAUUUGAGUCACAGGUAUUCUGAACGCGGUGUCUUGUCACUCUCGGUCAGCCCACACGCGAGAGCGCCUGAGACCUUAGUGGAUUGCUGCUUCGCUCUCAGGCUCAGAGUUGACCAAAUGAUGAUGUUUACGCCAAGCAGAUUGUAGACGUCCCAGGAUUCCCAUACACUGGACUUAGUAAGGUCUUGACCCUGCCACACCCCCCACCCUCAUACCCCUCUCAAGGCCCCAUGCUUCCCCAUGCCUUUCACAAUGGAAUUUAGCCUUCAGCUCUUGUAGUUUCAUGGUGGAACAUGGUGAUUUUUGUUCUCACAUAGCUCUGCAGUGCACCCCUCUGCUGGAGCCUCGUAGACCUGAACUUUAGUUCAGAAAUUCUGUUUUAUUGAGCCCUUGCUGCAGACUGGUGGGGUGUGACAGCUGAGGGGGGACCACGUCCAGUCAGUAUAGAAAAGAUGAGCACGGGUGAGAUCCAGAAUCUUGACUACCUGCCGGAGAACGAGCUGAUGAACAUGGACGCCUUCAUCCACCGCAUAGACUCCACCGAGGUCAUCUAUCAGCCACGACGCAAGCGUGCCAAGCUGGUGGGCAAGUACCUUAUGGGUGACCUGCUGGGGGAGGGCUCCUACGGCAAGGUCAAGGAGAUGCUGGACUCGGAGACACUCUGCAGACGCGCUGUUAAGAUUUUAAAGAAGAAGAAGCUUCGACGAAUCCCCAACGGAGAGGCAAACGUCAAAAAAGAAAUCGAGCUGCUGCGACGACUACGGCACAAAAAUGUGAUCCAGUUGGUGGAUGUGUUGUACAAUGAAGAGAAGCAGAAGAUGUAUAUGGUAAUGGAGUACUGCGUAUGCGGGAUGCAGGAGAUGCUGGACAGUGUGCCGGAGAAACGGUUUCCUGUGUUCCAGGCUCAUGGGUAUUUCUGCCAGCUCAUAGAUGGCCUGGAGUAUUUGCACAGCCAGGGAAUAGUUCACAAAGACAUCAAACCAGGCAAUCUGCUGCUGACCACAGAUGGUGCACUGAAGAUCUCGGACCUGGGGGUGGCAGAGGCCCUACACCCCUUUGCGGAGGAUGACACUUGCAGAACAAGCCAGGGGUCCCCAGCCUUCCAGCCCCCCGAGAUCGCCAAUGGCCUGGACACAUUUUCAGGGUUCAAAGUGGACAUCUGGUCUGCAGGAGUGACACUAUACAACAUUACAACCAGCCUGUAUCCAUUCGAAGGGGACAACAUAUAUAAGUUGUUUGAAAACAUUGGCAAAGGAGAGUACAGUAUUCCUGAAGAGUGUGGGCCACUUCUCUCAGACCUUCUGAAAGGAAUGCUUGAAUACGACCCAGAAAAGAGAUUCUCAAUACAACACAUCAGACAGCACAACUGGGUGCGCAAGAAACACCCCCCAUCAGAGCCACCGGUGCCGAUCCCCCCCAGCCCAGAGUCUAGGGAUCCCUGGCGCAGCAUGACUGUGGUUCCGUACCUGGAGGACCUACACGGGUAUGCUGACGACGAGGAGGAGGACGAUGAGCUGUUUGAUGGCGAGGAUGACAUCAUAUAUACUCAGGACUUCACGGUGCCAGGGCAGGUUCUCGAGGAUGAAACGGAGCAGGUGGUUCACACCCGGUCCCGGGGAGCACUCAAGCCCAUGUGUGUGAACGGCACUGAGCCAGGACCCCUGGGGGGCUGUGGUGGUGGAUCCAAACCUGGCGCCGAGCGCAGGUCAAGCUCCUCCUCCAACCCCUCCCGAAAAGGCGUGUCUGCAGUCAGCCGCAUCCGAAAGCUCUCCGCCUGCAAGCAGCAGUGACCUUUUGUCCACACUGAGUGAGGGCAGUCCGUAGCGGUAUCUUAUUUUCUUUCUCCUUCUCCUUAUGGAACCCUGACGUGGUGAACACUGAAGAGUGAUGACGAGUCCCGCUCGAUCUGCUCCACCAAUCCGGCUGUCCAGGGGAGGCAAUGUGGCAAGGUGCACGACCCCCAGCGUGGCUCUUCUCCUUUUUAUUUUUCUCCACAUAUCCAAAAAGCCGGAAGUCAUGGAAAGGAAAAGUGUGCGCUGAAGAAAAAAGGGUGGGGUGGUGACCGCCCCCUUCCCGGUCCUCGGGCACCUGCUGCGCCCAUCACUGUGCUGAUGCACCCCAUCUCCAUCCCAACACGCGGGCAUCUCAGUCCACGUACACCUUGCGUCCACUUAGACGACCUUGUUUCCAGUUUCUAGCUGCAGUUUACGAUGCACAAAGCUGUGUAAAGAACGACGCUGAUGCGGAUUUUGAUCAUGAUCACUGUCCCAGUAAAAAAAACAAAAAAAAGAGGAAAAAAAACUGUGAAACUGCAUGCUGUAAGGGGUUGGUGAAAGGGAACUGUACAGUGAAGACAAGCAAACGGACUUGACCCUUUCCAUCCUCAGAUGGUUGGGUUUGUUUUGGGUUUUUUUUUUUUGUUGUUUUU